GCCGUACCCCUUUGUUCUGUUCUAUUCUAAAUUUCACGGGCUGGAAAUGUGUGUGGAUGCAAGAACCUUCGGAAAUGAAGCUCGAUUUAUUAGACGUUCUUGUACACCUAAUGCCGAGGUUAGACAUGCCAUUGAAGAUGGAACUAUUCACCUUUAUAUCUACUCCACCCAGGACAUUCCAAAGGGAACAGAAAUAACAAUAGCGUUUGAUUUUGAUUAUGGAAAUUGCAAAUACAAAGUGGACUGUGCUUGCCUCAAAGAAAACCCUGAAUGCCCGGUGUUGAAGCGUCCCUCCGAGCCUACCGAAGCUAUAAAUACAGGUUAUGAAACCAGAAGGAAAAAGGGGAAAAAGGAGAAGGAAACCCAAAACCAGAACAUCACGCUGGAUUGUGAAGGCGCAACGGGCAAAACCAAGUUUCCAGAAAACCGACAGAGGAAACUUUCUCCCCUUCGAUUGUCGAUCUCAAAUAAUCAGUGCAAUCCUAUUCCUGUCUACUCAGAAGCAAGUCCUAAUGAUUUCAGUGGGACUUACUCCCAG